AUGCAAAAUGCCACUCUUAUGGUCGUCGAGAACGCAAUCAACGUUGUUCCCGAUAAUAGCGGACAGGGCACAGGGUACUUUUGGUAUGAUUUUACAACUAGUGCCCCGUACCUCAUGCAAAAUGGCACCUUCGCCGAGGAGUUAGGGAAUUAUGACUAUAAUAUCCUAAGCGGCCAACUCACACAGUAUGUUAACUCGAGUGCUGUAGCUGCUGCUUGGGUUCAGCAAGACGUCUUUAUUGCAAAGCGAACCGACGAUAUCAAUGGCAUAGCUCCCUGUGAUAUAGACCUCGACAAGCUCACUGGUGCUCGUGCAUGUUCACCUGAUGGGAGCACGGCCUACUUUUUCAUGGUUAGCCAACAGUUUUCACCCUCCUAUUCCUGGGGCUCCUAUGAGGGGGUUCCAGGAGUAACAAAUGUUGGAGAUUACGGACUCGAUCUAUACACUAUGGCUACGGCAGCGGAGUGGAUUCAAGACAACUACUUCAACUCCUCGGGAUACCUUCCUAAUAUUUCACCCACCGAUAUGGUCAAGGCAUUCACGUCGCAGUAUGAUCCUUUGCCGAACGGUUACUUUAUCAAUCUCCCUAUCCUGGAUGCAGAUGGACUGAGUCCCCCAGAAACCUAUGGCGAUGUUGUGGAAGAGGUUAGUACUGUACACCCGAUAUUUGAACUUGGGCUAUGCACUAACUAUCUGUUGAACAGGCCCUCUUCCUUAUUGAGGUCGCGUCCCAGCUUCCAAAUAUUGAUAACUGGCCAUACUCUAUUCCUUAUAAUCUCAAUAAUUGAGCUCACUAUGCCCAAUUUUGUUUGA